AUCAUUUUCUGACUGGUGUAGAAGCGCAGCCAGUCCACUAGGUGUCAGUAAUAACAGUUUACAGUCGGAUGGCAGCCGCUUCAAUGCGAUGAAGAAGAAAAAUACCGCCAGCAGAAGCAGCGCCCUCUGCCGGUCACGGCGUGUAAUGACAUAGUUGAGCAUCUCAUGUCUUUAUUAUUGCUUUUUAUAGUUCAGAAAGAAAGGAACAAAUCGCUUUAGGUGCACAGGCCGAUUAUUAUAGCUUUAACUGAAUAGUUAAAAGAGGUUUUAGCGAAAUAGAUAGAUAGAUAGAUAGAUAGGUAUCUUCGCUGUACUGUAAGCUGAUUGUAAUCCUCAGAUUUGCCAUCAUGUCUCUGAGGACUCUGCCUUUACUCAUUAUAAAUCUGGGUGGAGAAAUGCUUUAUAUUUUGGACCAGAGACUCCGAGCUCAGAAUGAAACAGAUGAUAAAAUACACAAAGUGAUGAAUGAUGUAGUGGGUGUGAUGUUCAGUAAGGCGUUUAUGGAGGAGGUGAUGCAGCCGCAGGACAUGUACUCGCACCGAGCUCUGCGCUGCGUGCUAACACGCCUGGCUCACACCUCCAUCAUGAGGCUCAACUCCACCAGCAUGGACAGGCUGUACGACCUGAUGACGAUGGCGUUUAAGUACCAGAUCGCCCUCUGUCCUCGGCCGCGAGACUUACUGCUCGUCUCCUUCAACCACAUGGACGGGGUUCGGGAGCUCGUUAAAGACAAUCCUCGCCUCGUUAACCUCAUCAACGAGGCACAGCGUCUCAUCAUAGAGAUGUACACUCCUUUAUCAGACGGUGAGUUGCAGCUCAUACGGCAGACGCUCCUCGCUUUCUUUCAGGACGUGCACGUCAGGGUGUCGAUAUUCCUGAAGCAGAAUCUCCAGAAACCAGACGGGACUUUUGUGAUGCCGACGUCGGGGCCGGUGCCUCACGGCUCUGAAGUUCCAGGGUUAAUCAGAUAUUUUAACAGACGAGGCAGGGUGGUGAGAAGACGCGAGUUUGUGAGCGGAGGCAGCUACACCAGCACCAUGAGAGACGCUUCAUUCGACAUAUCUGGAGACCGAGUGACACGUCUGGGCACUAACAUGUACAGUGUGAGCUCAGCCGAGGACACACACACCUCAGGAAGCUCCAAACACACCUGUAAAAGCGAACAGGUUAGCGAUGAUCCUAACCCUCUAGCUAAAGUGGAGCUCAACCUGUUAGCCAAGCUGAUGGGACAGAUGGAGGUUUGGGAUGUUGGUGGUGCUGAUGGAGGGAUGAGAGUGAAUCUGUUCCCUUCAGCCCAGGAGGAAGACGAGGAGGGAAGGUUAUCAGUGACGGACGAGGCGUUCAGUGUUGUGAACAUUCAGGCUGUAAAGGCCGACACCGAGCUGACCCGCAUCGCCGCCCAGUUCACCGAUCAGGACGAAGCCGAGAGACCCAGCAACAAAGGAGAAGAUCUGCUGGCCAUGAUGGACGACCUCUAAAGCAGAAAGAAAUAUCUCUUACAGAAAUAUCACAUGCAUUUCACAUGUGAUCACAUGUUCUGGCACAUGUGAUUAUGUGAAAUGUUAAAAAAACAUGAAAUCUCAAUAAUGAACUUAAGUUAACAUGAGACCACAUGUGAGUAAUAUAUAAUAAAUAAAAUCACGUGUGACAAUAAGUCAAUCAUUUGUCUAAAAAUCACAUGAAAUUAAAAUUCAAUCAAAAACAUGUGCACACACACGUGAAAAGUCUAUGUGUGAAAAAGUAUGAAGCGUGUAAAAAGGCACAGGUGUAAAUCUCACGUGAAGUCUGUGAUGUAUCUGUAAGGAAUUUAUUUUUUCAUUGCUUUAUUCACUUCAUUAUUAGGGUUUGAUUUGCUCUUGUUACAUUUAGAGAUGGCACGAUACCACGGUUUCAUCUCCGAUACCGAUUCUGAAGCCUUCAGUAUCAGCAAAUACCGAUACUUAAAGACUAAUGAGCUUUAAAAAUGUUUUUCUUUGAACCUCAAGCACUUAAAAAAAUACAAGAAAAAAAUACAAGAAAAAAAAUACAGGAAAAAAAAUACAUAGCUAAAGACACGACUUGCACAAAACUGUAGCUUUCACACAAAAAUCACUAACAUUGCAAAUAUAAUAAUUGUAAUAAGUAUCAAGUCUCUUUCUAUGUAAACAUUUCCAGCUUAAAGAUUGUCUUCUCCAACUCCAAUUCAGUGGUAGCUCAGUGGUUAAGACGUUGGACUACUGAUCAGAAGGUCAUGAGUUCAAUCCCCAGCAACCACCAAGCUACCACUGCUGGGCCCUUGAGCAAGGCCCUUAACCCUCAACUCAGAUGUAUAAAAAAUGAGAUUAAAUGUAAGGCACUCUGGAUAAGGGCGUCUGCCAAAUGCCAUAAAUGUAAAUUCCAAACUUUUCCACUUGUUAAGGAUCAGAUUAAAUUCAUAUCCCUUCCACUAUUUACACUGCUAUCGGCCCGAUAGAGAUCCUGCCUGCCAUUAACAUAGUUACACUGCUACAGUUUGUAUGUUUCUAUUACAGAUUUAAAUUUAAAUCUGUAAAAUUUAUUUUCUAAUUUUAUACUCAGUGAGUUAUUGUUAUGGCUGAAUCAAGUUUAAUAGACUGAAAUAUAUAAAUGGAUAUUUGUUUGUUUGUUUAAUCUGAAUGCAUGAUAUGUUAAACACAAAGUAUUCUUCUAUUACUUUGUAUAAAACUUUUAUAUAGAAUUAAAUUUGUGUCGGUAUCAAGGUAUCGAAGAUUCUAC